UCCACUAAGUCCACUUGUGGGCCUCGAACAGCCAUCAGUCCACCGGGGCUGUUGGGCCUGCCAGUGGGCCAUUGUGUGGCUCUCCUGUGUCUGUCUGCUCUCCCGAUCUCUGGAACAAUGAAGUUCAGGCUGGACUGACUCCAACGCUCAUAACCCAUCAGCCAUAAUGGACCUACCUGAUUAUAACCCACAGCAGCCACUUGUCUACAACCCUGGCAGAUACCGAGAGGAUCUGUUAAGUUUGGAAGGACCAUCAACAUCUCCGGAAUUAAAGGCAGAACCAGAUGGCCGACCAGAGUCCGAGGAGAGCUGUCCCAUCUGCGGAGACAAAGUGUCAGGAUACCACUAUGGACUGCUCACUUGUGAAAGCUGCAAGGGCUUCUUUAAACGCUCAGUGCAGAAUAACAAGCUUUACACCUGUGUCGAGCAGCAGAGGUGCCCCAUGAACCUUUCGCAGAGGAAACGCUGUCCUUUCUGCCGCUUCCAAAAGUGUUUGGCAGUGGGGAUGAAGAGAGAAGCAGUAAGAGCAGAUCGUAUGAGAGGUGGCAGGAAUAAAUUUGGCCCUCUGUACCGGCGGGACAGGCAGAUGAAACAGCAAAAGGUGUAUCACCACCCGCUCAAUGCUCCCUACAGGCUGAAGAUGGAAAGUACUCAAAUGCAACGGCCCACAGCUCCACAUGACCCUCACCUAAUGAGAAAUCACACAACUGCUCCAUUGUCCUUUGAUGCUCUCCAUCAUUCUCACAUAUAUCCCUCUGGCAUGGGGCACUCGGGUGCUCCCAUGCCUCUGGACUGUAAUCUGAACACAGACAUGGGGCUCACUCCUCUCUCGCUGCCCUACUCUGGACUGUACCACCGCACCUUUCCCGGAUACCUCCAGGAGAAAGGAGAAAUGCCCUAUAGCUACAGCUCGGCCCCAACAAACUAUGUGCACCCCAUUUCGGACAACUCCUUCACACCAAGAAGCACACCAGCAUCAUCCCCCUGCUCAACACCAAGCUCCUCCACCCGUCUCUCACAGGCUCCCACCCAAAUCCCAGACACCCCCUCCUCGGCCCCUCUUAAACCCAACUUCCUCAAUCAACUCCUGGAGGGGGAGCAGGAUGAGAGCCAGCUGUGUGCUAAGGUCCUCGCCAGUCUGCAGAGAGAGCAGGCCAACCGGGGCAAGCACGACCGCCUCAACACAUUUAGCAUCAUGUGCAAAAUGGCCGACCAGACGCUGUUUGGGCUUGUGGAGUGGGCGAGGAACAGCGCGCUCUUCAAGGAGCUCAAGGUGGAGGACCAGAUGGUGCUGCUGCAGAGCUGCUGGAGUGAGCUGCUGGUCCUGGAUCACCUCUGUAGACAGGUGACCUACAGCAAGGAGGGCUGCAUAUACCUGGUCACAGGACAACAGAUUGAGGUGCUGACCAUCGUCUCUCAGGCAGGAGUGACGCUGAGCAGCCUGGUAUCGAGGACCCAGGACUUAGUGUCCAAACUGAAGGCCUUCCAGUUGGACAGACAUGAGUUUGUCUGUCUCAAACACUUAGUGCUCUUCAACCCUGAUGUGAAGUCAGUGCAGAGCCGCACGCAGGUGGAGCAGACGCAAGAGAGAGUCAACAGGGCCCUGAUGGAGCACACCCAACAGAGUCAUCCAAGACACUCGGAUAAGUUUGGCCAGCUGUUGCUACGGCUACCUGAAGUACGCAGCAUUAGCUUGCAAGUUGAGGAGUAUUUGUACCAGCGCCAUCUUCUGGGAGAUUUGCCAUGCAACUCUCUACUCACCGAGAUGCUGCACACCAAGCACAGCUGAGAUGCUGCUGUAGCUUCCAGCCCUGGUGGCACAACAGUGCCGCAGUUUGCUGCUGUGAACUUUUGUACCUCCCUUUUGGAGUUUAAGACCCAACUGUGCUUUUUAUUGUUGAUUAUUUGAAAUAGUAUCAGGCAUUCACCCUUUAAACUUUCGCUUUAAAAGUAUUUGUUCUAGGAUCAGUUGGGAGGGAAUAUUUAGUAAACCUGUGUCCUACUUUGCCCAUGAGCCCUUUAUUAACAGUAUUACCGCAGCCAAACAGCCUAGUCAAUCUAGGCUGCUGUCAUUAUUGUUAGACAGAUAUGACAUCUAAGCACUACCAUGUUAUUAAUAGGCAGAAAGUGCUCAACUGUGUAAGAACAAAAUAAUUGAAUAAAGACCAAUGUGUAUUGACAACCCAUAACUGCAUAAAUUCAAGCAUGUAUUACUAUUAAUA